ACUGGGAGGUGACAUCAGUGUUUGCUCAGGUGCACAGCUCCAGGUGCAGGCAGGAGGCGAGAAGCCCGCGCCUUUCUCUGAGUGACGCUGCUGGCGGCUGUCGCUAUCCCGGCUUUGAAAAGAAGUACAACAUCAUGGCAACUCGAAACAGUGAUGAUCCAUGCAGGUCAUGUUCAUCACACAAAAGAAAACUCAAUGAGGUUGAUACAGAGCAGGGCAAAGUGAAUGAAGCAGAAAAUCUCUUACAGAGCACUGUAUACUACCAAAAUCAGAGUGAGAUGGAAGAGAGUGCAGAAAAUGGAAUGAUUGUGCCUGAUCUGCCAGAAACCACAAACCAGACAAGUCCCAGUUCCAGUAUGGAAAUAGGACGUCAGCUGGCAAUCAUUGGAGAUGAACUUAAUCAUCAAAAGAACAGAGAAUUUCAAGGUGUGCAGGCAUACCUUUUUCUCCCAUCUGAAAAUGGAUAUGAGCCCUUCUGUAGAGUUGCUGAAAGAUUAUAUGACAAUGGAAUCAACUGGACCCAAACAAUUGCUCUGCUGAGUCUCAGCUACAAAAUGGUGACUUACGUCUAUCGGAGAGCAGUUAUGGGGUGUUUUGGCAAAGCUACAAAAUCUGUUGCAAAGAUUAUUACAAAGAACCAAGUUGCUCAAUGGAUUAUUGAACAAGGUGGCUGGACCACUGCCUUGUCCGUUGAGAAUGCCAACCUGAAGUGGCUGUUUGGAAUUCUAGUGGCUGUCAUGCUGGGUGUGGUGGUUGCCCAAAGAUUUGUAAACCAUGAAUAGUUCCAUGUGCUGUGCUGGAUCGUCAAAGCUGGUCUUAGACCAAGCAGCAUAUCUGCUGAUUACUUCACCCUGGUGGUGGAUAUUUUUUAUUAUCAAGUUUGAAUAUUAGAAAUAAUGUUUUUCAAAUAUUUUUGCUUUGGAUAUUUAAGUUUUUUUUGGGAAAAGUGCUGGGCCACUCUUACAUUUUCUAAACUUUAAUAAUAUAAUGAUGUAAUUGAAUAUAUGACUGUUGCUGAUAACUGUCUAGGUUGAUUGCCUUUGGGAUAUUUGCUAUAGUUUUUCUUAUAUUGUACAAAAUUAUUGUGAUGAUCCUGGCAACACUGUCUUGAACUAUACUAUGAAAAAGAGCUAUUAUUACAUAAGUAUAAAAAGAAUGGUCAUCAUUUCUAGUCAGAACUUUUAUUUAGUGAAAUUUUCUUGUUUGGUAUUGAUGUAACAUGAUCUGCCCAUUUGAUGCAGGUAUUAACUUGUUUGGAUCAAUACAUCCAUCCAGUAGGGUAUACCAUAAAAAAUAAAAGCAAGACACCUCAGAUGCUCGAAAUCUGAAAUAAAAGCAGAAAGUGUUGAAGAAACUGAACAGGUCUGGCAGCAUCUGUGAAGAGAGACACAUAAUACAAUCUUUGCACUCAAAAUGUUAACUUUGUUUCUUUCUGUACAGACAUUGAUCAACUUACUGAGUUUCUCCAGCACUUUCCGUUUUAUGCCAUUCAAACAAAUUAAAGCCAGUUUUUAAAUCCAUUAACCAAUGAGAACAAUACUGGUGUGGUUUGAGAUAAGGACAGAAUCUAAUCUCCCUUUUUUAAAGUUGUUGAGCAUUUAUUGCCCAUUCAUUCAAAGAUGGUGAUGAGUUGACAUCUUGAGCAGCUCCAAUUCCCAUGGGUUAAGUAUACACACAUUAGGAAAAGAGUUAGAAUCAUGGUCCCAAUAAUCAUCAUUUUAACUUCUGAGUGUGGUAACUGGUUGCAGGCAGCCAAGGAACUCAUGAAUAUGCAAAAUUUGGGAUUCUGUGAUAUAAAUAGAAUGUGGUUUUAACUCCAGGCUGGACUUAAAGAUAAACCUCGCAGUAAAAGCUGGUUGCUAGGCAGCAGUAGGGCCAGAUGAUAGGGGUGUAAGAAAAGGAAAUGUAAUAUUUUCCUUGUGGAUCAGGAACCAAGACUCCAAGGAACCGUUGGUCCAUCUGUGCCAGACUUCCUUCCCAUCACUACUUAUUGCAGGGAGCUGCUUCCUUGUGUCCCCAGCAGCUGUCUCCUGCCAUUCUAAAUCACACUGAUCAUUGAUUGUCUACUUAAUCAUUCCUACCAGGUUUGACCUGGAGUCCAAUCUUGAUUAGGUAAUUGAAGUUCAAGAGAUAUAAUCUCUCCAGGUUCCCCCUUAAGCUACAAAAUAUGCUUUAUGCUUGGUCCUCACACAUAGAUCUUGAGGUAAAAUCAGGAUGAUUAUCACGCACUAAUAUCACACAAUCUGAUUUCACCAGAGAAAAGCUAGAAAAAAAAACUUAGAGACUUGAAAUCAGCUUGGUUAACGCAAUCUCUCAUUGCAAAUUUGAACUGUUUAACCCUAUGGCUGUGUAAAAUAAUGGAUAUUUGAGAGAAUACAAAUGCAACUAUUAAAAUCAGCUAUGGGUCAAAACAAAGAAAACCAGCCAAGGAAUCCAUAUACAACAAAAACAAGCAGCAUUAUUGUAAAGAUAACUUGGAAUAGUGUUUGCUUAAGUGUGGUAGGGUUAUAGUAUUUUAGUUGAUGUUUUUUGUGAGCCCUAUAAGUAAAAAAAAUUCUGUUGUGAUGUUAUGUAUUGUUUUGUUGUACUAAAUUUUCACUCUCCCACUGAACACCAUCUCUUUCCGCCUCACCUCCUGAAAUCUACUUAUUUUGCUUAGCAUUUCAUACAAGAUGAAUGAGUAAUGAAGUCAAGUGAGAGAACAUCAGGAUGCAAGCUACAAGCUAAGCUUCCCUUCCUCUUAGAAUCUCCAGGCUUUUAAAAUGCCAACAUUGCACAUUGGCUUCUCUCAUCUGCUCUCUCUACUUUUUAAACUUUCAGUGAAAUCCUGUCUAUGUCUUUUAAAAAACAACAAUUGACGUGGUGAUUACUGAACUUGGUUCUGAAGAUCGCUGAUGCAUCUUAAAUAUUCUAAGUUCCUUGAUGAAAUAAAAUGAAGGUUUCCCUAGUCCUAGAGGACCACUCUCUUUCGAGAAAGACAACUGUUGGUGAGUUGAAUUUGAGAACCACCUUGCUUCAGGAGAGGGAUGAGAUUGAGAAGACAGAGCCUUUUAUGGUGACCUCGCCUGGAACAAGAAUUGAAUCUAUAUUGUUAGUGCCACUCUGCAUCACAAAUAACUAUUCAGCCAGUUGACCCAAGUCACCUCAAUAUUUUCUUUUAUACAAUAUUGAAAGUGUAAUAGUUUGUAAGCUGUGUCAUUUAUCUAUCACUUACCUAUUUACAUCUUAACAAAGAUGUUUAUAUACAUGCAUACCCUGUCUAUGGAAAAUUUACUUUACACUCUGUUGUCACACUUUUUGGCUAGCCUUUAGAUUUUCAUAUUUUGAAUGAGAUAACCAAAGGGAGCCUGCUACCAUGUAGUUGCACAAUCCGGCCACCAGAUAGCAUUGUAUUAUCAUUUCCCCCGCAACAUUUUGAAUAUUUUUCCUCAAUAACUGGAAUUUCUAAUGUCCAAAAAAAGCUUUUCUCAAGUGGAAAUUGUUUGUUGUAAUUGUCUAUUUUCUAUAAAUGUAAUGACUUAUUUCCCAAACGCACAUUGGUUAGUCAUAUCACCAAUGUACCAUCUGGCUGAUAUCUCUUUUUCAAUUUGACUUUGUUUUAACAUUAAAGCUUAUGAUCUUGAAGAAUGUAUAA